UUGCACUCCUGUCCUACAGUGGCAAGCGUGAGCAGACUAGCUGCUGUCUCUACUUUCCAUGUUAGCUAACCGCAUACUCCCACUGUUGGCCGCAAUGCCCGGCUUCAACAAAUAUUUCCGAAAACCGCUCUUUCUGAAGCACACAGUAGAAGAAUAUUGAUAAUUGUGAAAAGAUCCUGUCAGAAUACAGUCUCUACCAAACUCCCCGACAAGCGUGUUAGCUAUGUUGUAACGUUAUGCAUAGACAAAUAUGACAAGGGUCCCCACGUGAGUUGCUAAGUUAGCCAGGUCGUUUUUAUAACGCUGGGACGUGCGUUGUCGUUAGCCAUGCUUGAAAGUCAAACCCGCUAUCUGUCACAAUGAUAACCGACCUCAGGCCAGCGUCGGUGGUGUUGUGAUGUGGACUUGCACCUUAAGAGCUGUGACACUUCAGACAUGACAAACGACGACAGCAUUUCACUUGAACCGAACUCCUAAUUUUAAACAGAACCAUGAUGACCAGCAUAUCCCAUAUAGCUUGAAUAUGACACCCUCCUGAUCAAACCUGGUCACUCCCAUCUCCUCCUCCCCCCCCCCUUCCUCCUCUUAGUCUCCUUCCUCCUCUCUCCUCAUCCUACCCCUUCCUCACCAGCCAUGCUGCGCCUGACAUCCCUCAGACUUUGCACGUCCCAGCGGCGGUUCCUCCGCUUGAGCCCGUUGUCUCGGGACCAGGUGAUGGACCAGCUGCAGGCGUGCUCAGGCGAGGACCAGGUCCUGGAGGUGGUGGGGCGGCACAAGGCCAAGCUGUCGGUGGGCCAUGUGGGCUGCGCCAUGGGCCUGCUGUGGCACUUCCAGAAGGAGAGGCCCGAGCUCCUCCGCACAAUCAAGCAGGUGCGCCAACAUCCGCAGUUCCUCACGCUGCGUGUGCUGGCCGAGAACAAGAUCAGCCAGAUGGACGACAGCAUGGUGGUGGACAUGCUCUACGAUGCACUCAGACUCUGUGUGGAACCCCAUGAUUCCUUCAUCCAGCAGUUAGUGACAGAGGCAUGGAACAGACUAGACAGGCUUCAGAUGCCCACACUCUCCAAGUUCUCUAUCUGCCUUAAUGAUCAGUACCUGCAGCAUAGCACUCUGAUGGGUGAGAUUACGGAGAUUCUCAGACAGAAGCUCCACUUGAUAAACGAUGCAAGGGUGCUCACUACACUGAUGAUCAGCAUCUCCUCCCUGUCGUCACCUCGGCUGCGGGACGCGCUCAUCAAGAAGGCCGACGUCCUGCUCGACUCCAUGGACCCAACCAAGUACAACAACCCGCGCCGUGUGGUGCAGUUCAUGCGUAACUCCAAGCACACGCACCGUCCACUGCUGGAGAAGUGCAACCGCCUGCUGCUGCUCAACGUGCCGCAGAUGAGCGCCGAGGACAUCUUCAUCAUCACGGGCCUCUACCAGACACUGCAGUUCAACAACUGCGACUUCCGCCUGGCCUCGCGCCAGCGCCUGCUGGAGCUGGUGGACGCCAGCAGCGACCCCGGGGCCUUCACCAAGCUCUUUGCCACGCUCGGACCCAUGGUCAACCAGGACACCCGCGAGAGGCUGGAGGGAAUGGCCUUGCUCCUGGCGGAUGAACUGAACGGCCAGCAGGCCCUGGCUGUGGCAGAGACUCUGGAGGAGCUGCAGUGCAGGAACCCCCAGCUCAUCAACAAGUUUGCCUCUAUUCUGCACAAAAACCUGGACCACUUCCGUCCAGUGGAGAUCGUCAGGGCGACCCAGACCCUCAUGGUGCUGCACUACCAGAGUCCGGACAUCUAUAACCGCCUCCGCACCAUCAUGCUCAAGUUCCUGCAGUCCAGCGUGUUCCCGUACGAGGUCACCAUGCUGACGCGCAUCCUGUCCAUGCUGCCCUCCCCCCGGCUGGACGAGACUGCACUGGCCCGCGUGGAGGCCGUCCUGCCCCAGUGCAACCUCAACGACCUCAACACCCACGCCCAGGCCAUCGCCAAGUGGCUCCGUCACGACCCCACGUACCUCCACAGCACCCCCAGCCGCUAUGUUAGACUCCUCCAGAGCCUGAUCCGCUGCGGCCAUGAGAGGUUGGGCCACGCGGACCGCCUGGAGCUGCUCUUAGAGGAGUUGCGGUACCUGUCGGGGGAGUGGUUCGAGGAGAUGCUCCUGGAGGAGUCGGUGGCCGCAUGUCGGAGACUGGUCGACCAGAUCUCCCCGGGCAAUGUGCCGGAUGUGGCCAUCUUCCUGACACGCACCAACUACCUCAGCCCGCACCUCUUGGAUCGGAUCGCCCAGGUGGCACUGGAGAACAUACAGCAGAUUCACUUCUCGGCCACCUACGCCACCUUGUUGCCUUUCGCCGUGCUGAACUAUGACACGCCACUAGUGGACGAGUUAUUCAACGCGUGCAUUCAACGCCUUACCCCACAUAUCAGCUCGUUUGACCCUCACCUGCUGGUGCUGCUGGCGUACGCGCUGGCCCUGGCCGACUACUUCCCAGAGGAGGUCAUCAAGGAGAUCUUCACCGUGGACUUCCUGGCCAAGCUGGACUCCCAGCUGGAGACGCUACCGGACGCCCUGAACAUGCGGAUCCGGCUCCGACUCAUGGAGCUGAACCGGGCCGUGUGCCUGGAGUGCCCCGAGUACCAGGUGCCCUGGUUCCACGAGCGCUACUGCAAACAGCAGCAGAAGAGAGGCAAUGGUUCUGUGACUCCGGUCCAGCAGCAGAUCCAUAAGAUGCUUGGGGAGGUUCUGGGCGGGAUCAACUGCGCCCGUGUGGCCGUGCUGACUCCAUACUUCUACACUGUUGACUUUGAGUGUGUGUUGGACCGACAGGGCCAGCCGGUGCCCUACUCCAUGCCCAGCCAGCUGCAGAUCAGCGAAGAGGGCAAGGUCCAGUGGGUGUCAGACAAUACCGAGGAGAGGACGGAGCUCCCCGCAGGAGGCCAGAGAAUCGCCCUUGACUUCCUCGGCCCAAGGUCGUUCUGCAAAAACUCUCGGCAUAGGAAAGGAGAGGUCCUUUUAAGGAAAAGGCACUUGGAAAUUCUUGGAUACCAUGUCAUCCAGAUCCCUCACUAUGAAUGGAACUCUAUGGAGCUGUCCACUCACGAUGCGUGGCAACAGUACCUAAAGAAGAGAAUAUUCCAUGACUUACCAUGAACUUCUGACAGACAUGAAUAUGCACAUACACAUAUUUUUUUUAUAAAGGUCACGUAGGUCAGUGCAUUGCCACAGGAUCAAGGUUGGACAUCAUUUGAAGAUGACCAUGCUUACGAGCAAGAAGGGAGACUGACUGGGGAUUAAGUGCACCUUGCAGUAUGGUAGUGAGACUCAUCCAAAAAAUGGACGAUGCCUUGGGAAAUAUAUUAAAUCAUGAGUGUGAAUCCUAUGUGCUAAUAUUGAGUUUGACCACUGUGCUAAUAUCGCUACAGAAUGUUUAAUAAAAUGUCUGAUGCUCUUUUGUA